ACUCUACUUGCUUAUUCCUACAUUCAAACCACGCGUCUCGUGCCAACACCUCAACCAGGACACACCUUCCGCAUCCUCUCAGUAAACGACACGAGUCCCGAGCGCGUGGUUCCAAGAUCAAAAGACGUCGAAGGAGCCGAAUGAUGAUGGUGCAGCGUCCUAAUCGUUGAUUGGGCACGGCUGUUAAAUGACCGACCCACUAAAAUACAGCCGGCAGCCGGUUUACAGCCCUAGCAAAUACCAGCGCAUAUGUGACAUCAGCUGGACCCUGACAUUUGAUAUGUUUCCAAGACCGAUGGCGUCUUCAACAUUUUGUAUAAAAAUCUCGACGCGGUAUAGCCCGGAAUUUCUUGUGCAUUCGUCUGUCUCAAGCAUUCCUUACUCAUUGCAUUGUCUAUAUUACCUCUUCUCUGUAUAUACCUUGACAUUUGUACAUAUCAUCCCUUCUGCAAAGUUCUGCAUCAUCCGUAUAUCAACAUGAAAUCAUUCAGGAAGUUCAUCAACAAGCGCCGGCAAAGCUAUCAGCAGAGCAAACAAGGAGGAAACAGCUCGGCUUCAGCUUCUGCCCCAGCUCCAGCUCCGGCUUCUGCUCCGGCUCCGGCGCCCGUCCAGCACGAGGUGCGCGCUGCAGCUCCAGCCAACAAUCAGCAAGUCCUCGCUCAAGCGGCGCCAGGCACUUUGCAGGUAGCAUUGCAGAACAAGUCAAGCUCGAGCAACGCCUACGCAUAUAUCACUGGUCUUGGAAUCAACAACAACAAUAAGCCGCUUUUCAUUCAGUCCAACGGCAGCGUUUAUUAUCCUGAUUCACCCUCGAAGAUUCAAUCGCAACUACAAGCUGAUGUCGCAAUUCCACUCGGCGCACCAGGAAAUACAGUCAAUGUCUUUAUUCCAAAGAUCGCCGGUGGACGUAUAUGGUUCAGCAUCGACGCGAAGUUGACCUUUCUGCUCAACCCUGGACCUGCGGUCGUGGAGCCUAGCGUAUCAAACCCAUCCGACCCUAAUUUCAACAUCAAUUGGACAUUCACCGAAUUCACCUACAACGAUGCCCAGCUCUUCGCCAACAUUUCCUACGUGGAUUUCGUCAGCAUUCCCAUCGCGCUCAGCCUAACUAACACGCAAGGCAAAACGCAAACAGUGCCCGGCAUGAACGCGAAUGGUCUGCAAACCGUAGUCAACGAGCUGCGCGCCCAAGCGCAAACCGACGGCCGACCUUGGGACAAGCUUGUCUACCAGAACAACGGGCAGGCACUACGCGUUCUCAGUCCCAACAACCUCCUCGUCGGCAACGCGAACGCAUGGGGAAACUACUGGGACGCAUACACUCAGGCAGUCUGGAACAAGUACCGUAACGAAGACCUCACCAUCAACACACAGGCCGCAGCCGGAAAUCUCACCGGUCGCGUCGUUAACAACGAACUCCAGCUUGGUCAGGCUGGAAAUUUUGGAAUGCCUUCGGCACAAGACAUAUUCAGUUGCAGCACUGGCCCAUUCGCCACUGGAUCAAACCAGGCGCGCAAUGCUGUCAUUCCGAGACUGGCAGCGGCUUUCAAUCGUAGCACCUUGUUGAACACGCCUGGCAAUCAGUUCCCGAACGGAAGCAACCCAUCGAUGUACUAUCUGGAUAAAGGGACCACUAACCACUACUCUAGGGUGGUGCAUCAGGUGCAGAAAGAUGGGAGGGGGUAUGCGUUUCCGUACGACGAUGUGGUGCCGAAUGGUGGACAGGAUGUUGCUGGCACGCUGUUCGAUGGAAGCCCGCAGUUGUUUACUAUUGCCGUUGGUGGAAACUAGCGCUAAGUAGAUGCGAGUUGGGGGGUGGUCAAAUUUGCAAUACCCUUUUUCGUUGUGCUGGUUUUGUUUGCCUGGUGUUUGGAAAGGUUGAGGAUGUGGCAUAGCCACAUGUACAUAGACGAGUGGUUACAUAUAUAUAGUUUGAUCGGAUACUAGUCUCAAGAUAGUAGUCUACGCGUAAACUCAUUUUCUCGGUU